GAUGCGUUGAUGAUGAAAACCCAGAGCCUUACCAAAAAGUUGGCUUUUUGGGCAUUUCAAACUGGGCCCUAGAUCCUGCCAAAAUGAGCAGGGGCCUUUUUGUAAUUCGGACUGACCCUAGCAAAGAAGAGCUAGUUAAAACUGCAGAGGGCAUCUGUGCUGCACACACUUACUUUAAAAACAUGAAGCAUUUUUCCCUUUGCUGGCAGAAUUCUACUGCAAUGUGCUAAAAGCACAAAAAAAUGAGUUCUUUGGGCUCCGUGAUUUCUACAGCUUGAUCAAGACGUUACUGCACUACUUCCAGGAAAAGAGCAUCUCUCAAUAUGAGAACAUUAUAAAGGCCAUUCAGAGAAACUUUGGAGGCUCCAGUGAUAUUAAUCCUGUUGAGCUCUUGCAAAACUACACCAAUGAGUUUGAUUGUUCCCUGCACUUGGAAACCAGACACACGCUUCAUUUGCUGAGGGAAAAUAUGAGCAAACAGGCAGGGCUCAUGUCUCGAUACCUUCUGCUGCUGACAACCAACCAUGCAGCUUUCUACAUCAUCCAGAUGACACAGUUUAUAGAUACUGAGAACUGUGAAAUUAUAUUUGGCUCUGGUUUUCCACAGGACCAAGAUUAUGCCCACAUAUGCCAGUCUGUCAGCAGAGUGAAGGUCUGCAUGGAGACAGGCAGGACUGUUGUUCUUUUAAAUAUACACAACCUUUACGAAAGCCUUUAUGAUGCUCUCAACCAGUGCUUUAUUAGCCUUGGAGGAAAUUACUAUGUGGACCUGGGUCUUGGCACUCACAGAGUGAAGAGCCGUGUGAAGGAUGAGUUCAGACUCAUUGUGAUAGAGGAAAAGAAUGUAGUCUACACCCAAUUCCCUACCCCACUGCUGAACCGGCUAGAGAAGCACUGCUUAGACAUGAACACCAUUCUGAACUGGCAGCAGCAAGAACUGAAGAAGGAGCUGCAGAACUGGGCCAGGCUGUUUGUCUCCAUUGACAGCAGCAAGGUCUCCAAUGUUUGGUCCACCAGGCUCAGCCCCAAGGAACCAGAUGUCUUCAUCGGUUUCAGCAGUGAUACCUCUGCAGCUGUUGCUUUGGAGAGCACUCAGAACAGCUCCCGGGGAGCCCUUUUGCCCUAUGAAGAGCGAGAGGCCUCUAUUGCCAAAAGGAAACUUGUUCAGUGUGCAACCCCUGACUCCAUCCUGCACCUUAAAUACUCCCUUCUGGAUGAUGCUGAGCAAAUCCAAGACUUGUACUUCCACAAGCAGAAGCACAACAGCCUUGUUAGUGUUUUGGGAGAGGCAUUUAACCAGCAGCCAGGGAAGGAGAGGACUACUGGGCUCUGCCUGCAGGUUUCUACACAUGCAAGACUUCUAAAUGAGAGAGAUUUAGAAGAGUUAAGGAAGAAACUUAACCUUCAAAAUAAAAUCCAUUGCCUUUUCCUAAGCCAAUUUGAUACUGAAUACACUUUCCGCCAGGAACUCAGGUGAGGAGAGAUUUCCUUCCUG